AAAAGAGUAAGUAAAAAAAAAAGAAGAAAAAAAAAAGAAAUAUUUGUAUUUUGUUUACACUAGUUUGUCUUUUUUUGUUGUGUGAAUUGCAAUAACUAUAGUAAAAUCAAGGUUAAAAUGGAUUGUUAUUGCAGUAAAGGACAAAUUUUGAAAAUUAAUUGAGUUUGCUGCUUCUUAAAGAAAUCCCUUUAUACUUAUGUUGAUUGAUUUUUUUUUCAUUUGUUCCCUGGUGAUAGGAAAAAAUUAUUCAACUGGACAUAUGUAUUUGCAAUAUUUGGACAGAUUUUCCUGAAGUUUAACUGUUUAUAAAUUUAUGAUUGCUUUUAGUUGCUGCUAUGUUUGAUAUAUAUUCAGAAGUGCGGGCCAUCAUUUCUCCGAAUGUUAUUGGAGCAAUCGAAGGUUGUGUCGUCGACACUGUUCGUCAGUAUGUGCUCACUGCCAGCAUAGAGGAGAUAACAACUGAAAAUGAAACACAGUAUCAUUUGUAUGGGACACUAGAUGGCAUUCUGAUUGCCAAGAGCAAGCUAGAGGAACUUUUGAAUUGCUUGCACAUCAAGCAACUUGCAAAGGAGUCUAGCGAGAGAGAAAGCACCACCCUGUCUGAGGAGAACAGCAGCUUUGCCGAUGAAGGUAAUACCUCAUACGACAAAGAAGGGACGGACAAGACUUCUUGUUUGUCAGACGACAAGGAAUUGGAGACGAAUCUCUCUUCCAACGGAAAUGUCAGCACGAACACUGAAAGCAGCAUUCGUCCCAUGAGGUUGAGGUCAAUGUCGAAGAAGUUACGGUUCAUCUUGAAAGAAAGACCCAGAGUGAGUCAGCGACUGCGCUCUAUGAGACUACCCCCUCAGCUGCGGACACUGAAAAAGAAGUCCAUUCUGAGAAAUAAAUCUCAGAGGUCAGCUGAUCUUAAAAUAAAUGAUCCAGAAACAUUAAGUGAGAACUUAGAACAUAUGAAACUGGCAACGGAAGAGUCUGAUUUCGAUUCACCCGAGUUAAAAACCAAAGAUCACUCAUUUGUGGGAAACAAUUCAAAAUUAGAUUCCAAGUUACCAUACAAUCAUUUCUGUGAUUUAUGUUCAUUUAAAACAAAGCGAAGCAGUCAUUUUUUGAAGCAUAAAGCCAUCCACGAGAAGGUAAGCACAAUUCAUAAGUGCAGCCAGUGUUCAUUCUCUUCUGUUCGCCUGAGCCAUUUGCGUCGUCACAAAAUGAGCCAUAGCUCCACUGUUCAUACGUGUACUGAGUGUGUUUACCAAACAGAUGAUAUUAAAUUUCUCCUGAGGCACACAAAGCUUAAGCACUCCCCUCAGCAGUCCACUUCACUUGUAAGUGAAAUACUGAGUUGUCCUCAGUGUAGUUACCAGACAACAAAGCAACAUUAUUAUGACAGGCAUCAGCGGCUGCACUGUUUAAAGAGGAAUUUCGUGCAUCAGUGCGAGCAGUGCUGCUACAAAACUCAUCGCAAAGAGCACCUCAACAGACACAUGAGCAGUGCUCACGGUGAUAAGCGCCCCUACCUCUGCCACAUUUGUGGUAAAGCUUUCAAGAGAGGAGAUGCCCUGCAACAGCACAAUCUGAUUCACUCAGAAGUACUCUCUGAAAACACAAACUAUAAGUGCAGUGUGUGUGAGAAACAAUUCCGUUCUCAAUCACACCUCCUAGAGCAUCGCGCCGUUCAUUCGGAAUUCCGUUCAUUCCUUUGCGAGAUGUGCGGUGCUGUUUUCAAAACUCGAUCUGUGCACCGCAAACAUAUGCAAACCAUUCAUCGUAACCCACGCUCCCAUACUUGUGAGGUGUGCAACAAAAAAUUCAAUACUACCUACACUCUGAAGAGGCAUAAGAAAAUUCAUUCCAUAAAACCCGUCAUUCUGAAACCCAUUUUGGGAACAGUCAACGGAGCACCAGGAAUCGCCAAAUCCCACAUUCACUCUGAUCCAUCAAGCUUUCCUGUCAGUGAAAUGAGCCACAUUCCAAGCACGUCAGCCAUUCAACCCAUGAACCCUCUUGCCCAAAAUCCCAUUCGAGACCCGCUCGUCACGCCUGUGUCGCUUCCGGAAACUGCUGUAUCUAGUGUUCAGAAUCUUAUUUCCACAUCUGUUACUUUAACUCCAGAAACAGCUGCUGUUUUCCUCUUAGACCAAAAUGUACCUCAAAAUUAAUUUCUUAUCUAAAAAAAAAAUUUAUAUUUUGGCUUGCUUCAGUUCAUUUUCAGUUUAUGAGCUGUUUGAGAACAUCUAAAAAUGUUACUAUCAUGUUUUAAAAGAAAUUCUUUUAAAUAGUUUUCUAAGUAGUUAAAUGUUUGAUAAAACUCAAUUUUUUAUUAUUUAAGGACUUGAUAUACUUUUAAAUGUCUUAAAAAGGAAAGUAAUUGUGUAUUUUAAUUUUCCAUGGUCAAUGUCAGGUUGAAUUUUAAAAUAUUAUUUAAUUUUGUUGGAGAUUCUGUUGAUUGUUAUUUGCAUUGAAAUAUUAAACUCUUAAUGUUAUAUUUUUAUUAUGGUGUACAUAUUUAAUGGGCUUUUCAUGUUUACAAAAAAAAUGUUAUUGAUUUAUGAAAAUUAGGUGAUAUACUUGGACAGUUAGGGUGUCUCUUUGUUUCGUAUCAAUGUUUUUAGUAUUUAUAAUAAAAUAGAAAUCAAGGUUGUGCUGUGUAAACAUAAAUUUUGCAACGCUUUCAUUUUAGUAUUUAAUUUUAUAAAGUAAAUUACAAUUUUAAUUAAACAAAAUGAAUAUAAAAAUAUUUUCUGAAUUUUGAAGCAAUUAAAACCAUAUUUUAAAUAACUUGAUUAAAAUUGUUUUGUUAAAAUUGCAUUUUUAAAGUUUAAAAGAAAACUUGUAAAACUGCCAUUUGAGAAAUUUAAUUCUGUGACCAAAAAUGCAAAAAGUUAUGCAACUCAUUUAAUCCAUGGCUGUAUUUCUAUUCUAUUUGUUGUUUCAUUUACAGUCUUCUAUGAUCUUAUUAAAAUAUAAAAUUUUUGUUAACUGUUUACAUAGAUUGAGUAGAUUUAACAUAGAUUGAGUUAACACAAAUAUCUUAAGUGUGUUUUAAACUGUACAACCUCUCAUUAUGAUGAUUUGCUAGAUAAUCGUACUUUUAGACUCAUUUAAAUUUUUAACAUAGAUAAAUCACUUUACCUGUUUUCUUAUUCAGUGCAACAAAGAGAUAGCUGUUUUUGUUAUAUAUUGCUUUUUGUAUUUGUUCUAAUUUAUUCGUGUGCAGAUCCUCGGGCUUCCAAAGCCAUCCCUUCUGCAGAGGAUCAAAAUUGUGAUGGCAUGUCUUCAGAUCAUCCUCAGGGAUGUUUUCCAGACCGUCGCCAAUUGCCCAUUAUGCUGCUCUAGUGCGACAUAAAUAAAGUACUAACUACCUCGUUCAGGUUUAGUUUUUAUUAAAAAAAUAUUUUACAUUAUCUAAAGAAACCUUUGCUUGAAACUAAUUUUUUUGCUAAUUUAUAAUGAGAAUGGCCUUUUGUUGAUUUUGAUGAGAAGAUAUAGUAAGGGACCUCAUGUCUCUUAUUUUAAUAAGCCUUCAUUGAAGCUGAAUAGCCACUAUAUAUUAGGAUACAUUUGUGAAGUUAGCCAUUAAGGAGAAUGCUUCUGAAACUUGAUUUAAUACACCAUAAUUGAUUGAUUUUUCCUUAUGACUUGUUUAUUAUAGUUAGUGAAACAGUGCUUGUGAGAUUUAUAAUUGCACUAAAUGAUGAAAACUUUUAACUAGUUUGAGUGGAAGUGAGCAACCUCAAUCAUUUCUAUGUACAAACUUAAUAGUUAAGAAUCGUAGUUAUGAAGGCUAUGUUGAAACUAAUAAAACAGAAUUGUUUCACUUAAAAAA